AAUUAGUAAACAACCUCGAUCGAGCGAACGAAACGACGAAGAACGGUAAAAAGGCGUGAAGAUGCGCCAAUGCGUCCCGGAAAGUUGAAUUAUGGCAUAUUUUUAUUACCGAUGCGGUGAGAGGAUAACCUUGACUAAUGAGAACUGCACGGCUUUAAGAAACGAUUCGGAAUUCGACCAUGGAAUGGUCAUUACCGCCGAUCCUUUAACAAACGAUGUCCUCUUCGAGAUACGCAUCGACAAAAAAGUACAUUCUUGGUCGGGUAGCUUAGAAAUUGGAGUCACCGAUAUUCAUCCGGAAGACUUCGUUUUUCCACCGUGUGCAUCAAAAUUGCAAUGUGGUGCUUGGAUGCUCGCAGGAAACUCUGUUUUGAAAGACGGUGUGUUGUUAAUUGAACGUUAUACCACUGAUUUAGAUAAAUUGGAGCAAGAUGAACGAGUGGGUGUUAUGCGUACAUCGGAUGGCGAUUUAAUCUUUUACAUAAACGGAGAACCGCAAGGUGUUGCUGUAGAAAAUGUGCCACCCCUUCUAUACGCUAUUGUUGAUCUUUACGGAAAGUGCGUUCAAGUAUCAAUAACAAAUCCUUUGGGGAGAGAGCACAACAAUGACGAAUGCAUGAGUGGUAGCUCAGUUUUAGGCAUAGAUAAUGACCUAUUAAAUGUUACUUUAGCGGGAGAUUUAAGCGAGCUGAGUUUGAGUAGUAGCAAUAGUUUAGAUAUUCGAAUGGAUAUGAAUGUUAGCAUGGGUUUACCUGAAGAAGAGAUUCCAACUCCACGACAAACAUCCCAAAGAUUGCAUUUCCAUGAUCGGUGUGGAUCUCUAAUAAAAUUAUCUAAUUCGCAAAGAACUGCAGAAAGAAGGAGACCUUUGGAUGAAUUCAAUAAUGGGGUUGUUAUGACUCAUAGACCGUUAGCGGAUGCUGAAUUAUUUGAGAUUAGAAUUGAUCGAUUAGUUGAUAAAUGGAGUGGAAGUAUUGAAAUGGGAGUCACAACCCAUGAUCCUGAUAGCUUAGUUUUUCCAGCGACAAUGACAAAUAUGAGAAGUGGUACAAUUAUGAUGUCUGGUUGUGGAAUUUUAACGAAUGGAAAAGGAACACGUCGUGAAUAUGGAGAGUAUAAUUUAGAUGAAUUAUCAGAAGGCGAUCGAGUAGGUUUAAUGCGUCAACCAAAUGGUGAUCUUCACUACUUUAUAAAUGGUUUAGAUCAAGGGAUUGCAGCGCCGCAAGUUUCGCCAGUAAUAUGGGGCGUAAUUGAUCUCUAUGGUAUGACUAUAAAGGUGUCUUUGGUCGACAGAGAUCCUCGGGAAGUACAAAAUUUGAUAACGCGCCGUACGAUUCGCGAACAACAAACAUCGGUUUCUCCUGAACCGAUCGAUUUUUACGAACCGUUAACAUUCCAUCCAAACUGUGGAUCGCACGCGGAAGUUAUUAAUAAUGGAAAAACAGCUCAUCGACCCAACGCAACUGAUGAUUUCAAUAAUGGUGUGGUUUUAACAUCAAGACCUUUACGAGCUGGGGAAUUAUUUGAGGUUAGAUUAGAACGGGUAAUCACUAAAUGGGCGGGUUCAAUUGAAAUUGGAGUGACUACGCACAGCGCUAAAGAACUCGAAUUUCCCUUCACAAUGACUAAUGUUAGAUCUGGAACUUGGAUGAUGACCGGAAGUGGGAUUAUGCACAAUGGGACAACAGUUUUAGAGAAUUACGGCACAAAUUUGGACCGUUUGCAGGUUUCAGAUCGCGUUGGGGUGAUGCGAAAAGAAAAUGGAAAUUUGCAUUUUUUCGUUAAUGGUAACGAUCAAGGAAUUGCAGCCUCUAAUGUUGUCGAGAAUGUUUAUGGCGUUAUUGAUUUGUAUGGACAAGCUGUUGAAGCUACAAUUAUCGAUGAGGAUCACGCCACAUCCGCUGAUACAAGUGUUUCAAAUACAACUCUUUAUAGUGAACUUCGUUUUCAUCAUAUUCAUGGUAAAAACGCACGGGUUAUAAACAACGGGAUGACAGCAGUUCGUCCUCGUCCCCAAGCAGAAUUUAACGACGCAAUAGUCUUUUCAAAUCGACCUUUAAGAGAUGACGAAAUCUUCGAGGUGAUCCUCGAUAAUACCGUGGAUCGUUGGUCGGGAAGUAUUGAGCUAGGGGUUACAUCGGUUAAACCAGAAGAAAUUGAUUUACCAGGAACUGCAACUGAUUUAUGUCGGGACACUUGGUUAUUAAGUGGAACAACCGUAAUGGAAAAUGGGGUAACUGUGAAGAAUGAUUAUAGCUUGGAUUUGGAUGGACUUUCAGCGGGUGUUAGAAUCGGGGUGGUUCGAACAUCGGAUAAAAUUUUAGAGUUUUAUUUGGAUGGGGUUGCUCAAGGGGCGGCGUGCGAAGUUCCAAAUGGAAAUUUGUACGCGGUUGUUGAUUUGUAUGGGAGGUGUGCUCAGAUUAGUGUUCAUAGAAGUACUCCUGUUAACUUUCCUGGUAGUAUUAAUCAAAUUGGAAGUUGUAUCCGUUCGGAUACUUCUCCGAGUUUGCAAGCGACAAGUGUGGUGUUACAACACCCUUUAGAACCAACUGAUUUACACAGAUUAUCAGAAUAUUGUUCGAAAGGUAUUACAAUAUCAGAAAAUGGUUGUUUGGCGAUUCGCUCAAAAGAUAUUCACCACGGCCUCGUUUAUAGCGCGACUCCUUUAGCUCACGAUGAACUUUUUGAAAUUUCUAUAGUUUCCACAACUCCAUACGUUGCUGGAUCACUCUCAAUGGGGGUUACAUCUUCGAUUCCAGAUCAAACUUCCUCAAUGAUACCCCCCGAAAGUUGUUAUUUAACAGCUAAUGAGCUUCAUUAUAAAAAUAAAAUAAUUCAACUUUUCGCGCCGAAUUUAAAUUGGUUACGCGAUAACGAUCGUUUGGGAAUAUUAAAAACUCAUGAUUCACUUAAAGCUUUUAUUAACGGCGAAGAAGUUUUUGUAAAUUUUCCUUUAAUGUCGGAAAAUUUGUACGUUUUCGUCGAUUUAUCGGGAUCGUGUUCGAAAAUUCAAGUUACAAGUCGAAAAGUUCCAGUUACUCCGUUAGCAAAUGCGAUGCUUCAAGAUAGUUUGGAGAUCGUUUUAGAUCAAGAACCCAAUUCUUUGGAGGCUCCAAUCGCAAGUGAAGAGCACACUUCGUUAGAAAUACUUUGUUGUACCCCGACGAAAUAUGAAUUUCAUGAUAAUCAUGGGAGAAAUAUCGAAAUUUCCGGCGAUAAAACCACCGCUAAAAGAGUCGCUUCUUACAACCAAGGAAUCGUGAUUGCUUAUCCAGCUUUAGUUCCUAACCAAAUCAUGCAAGUUCAAAUUGAACAAUUAGAUUCUCGGUGGAAUUCAUCCAUUAUGUGUGGAGUUGUUUGUGGACAACCAGAAAAAUUAAAUUUACCUGGAACUGCGAUUUCAAUGAAAGGUACCUGUUGCAUAAUUGCGAAUGAUUGGAUUUCGAUAAACGGAUUAAAAUCGCAAUCAACGUCUGGUGAACGUCUUAACAUGUUAAAACCGGGUUCGACUGUUGGUUUAAUGGUAACAGAAACUGGGUUACAUAUUUUUAUUAACGGUGAAUGCGAAGAAAUUUUACCUUGGGUUCCGAAUGAUGGUCAACAAUCUUUCGCUAUAUUUGACUUAUAUGGUCAAUGUCAGCAAAUAAAAAUUUUUAAUGAGUUUGAAGAAGAAUCAUUGGCAAGUGGUUCAAGUCAAGAUUGUGAAAAAGCCGAUUUGGAAAUAUGUGAGAAGGAGCAAAGGCCGAAUACGGAACACUUAACGCUUCCUAUACCCACAACGAGCAAUAAUAAUGCAACAACAACUGCCGUUUUACCUAAAAUCAGUCCGAUAACUCCCAUUAGGAGCAUAACACCUUGUGCAUAUCAAGAAGAAUGUGUAGCGUUUAAAAAGACACUUUAUUUACCAGAUGAAUUUUUUAGUUUGGAAGAACCUACCUGUAUUUGCAAUAAUUGUUAUAAAAUUAUGAGACUGGAUAUUGAAGGAUAUAAAGAUAGUCAUGUUAUUGGUUGGGUAAAGUUUCCUUUGAAGAAUUUACACAAUACUCCCACAGACAUGUGGCAUUUGGCUUAUUAUGGUAGUAAAUUAUCCACAAUAAGGUGUAUUUUAGAUAAGGGACAACCAUUAACGAAAAAUCAAAUGAAAUAUUCCAAUUUGAUUGGUCAACGUCCCGAUGACGUUCAAAUAAGUUUUAGUCCUUCUUUACAACAUUGCGAUAUUGUUCCGUUUAAAUUACCGGACGGAAAAGAAAUUUCCGCCGCAUUCCAAUUGCUUGUAAAACCAGGGUCUUAUUCGCAUUCUAGGAAUGCCGUCGAAUGGAGCACCAAAGAAACAGGCGCUGUGGUUUUACAAGCACUUUUAUUGAAAAUUUCUUAGAAAUGUUCUCCAAAGACUUUUUGUCUGUGUUAAUGCCCUUUUGAAAUAUUUGAAAUUAGUGUUUAUUUUUAUGUUUCUGCUGUGAUAAUAAAAAAACAUUUCUCAAAUUUAAAAAUUAGAAAAGUACAUGUCGAAAUUUAGGUUCUUUUUAAGGUUAAGUUAUUGUAUUUAUUUUUGUAAAUUUGUUAGUUUAAAAUAAAAAAGACAGUUUUUGUUGUAUUUGUUUAGUAAUUAAUUCAGUAAAGAAAGAAUGUUAGAUUUCUUGUUCAUUGUAGGGAGUUAAAAUGUAAUAAAAAGUAAUACAUAUGUAGAAAAAAGGAGCAAUAUAGUUUCAAAUGAG